AUGGAUAUCAGACCAAACCAUACAAUUUAUAUCAACAAUAUGAAUGACAAAAUUAAAAAAGAAGAAUUGAAGAGAUCCCUGUAUGCCCUGUUUUCUCAGUUUGGCCAUGUUGUAGAUAUUGUAGCUUUAAAGACCAUGAAGAUGAGGGGGCAAGCCUUUGUUAUAUUUAAAGAAUUGGGCUCAUCCACAAAUGCUUUGAGACAGUUACAAGGAUUUCCAUUUUAUGGUAAACCAAUGCGAAUCCAGUAUGCAAAAACAGAUUCAGAUAUAAUAUCUAAAAUGCGUGGCACCUUUGCUGACAAAGAAAAGAAAAAAGAAAAGAAGAAAGCUAAAACUAUGGAACAGACAGCACUGACUGCUAAUAAGAAGCCUGGUCUGGGAGUACCAAAUUCAGUUAACACCCAAGGAAAUGCAACGCCAAAUCCUCAGGUCCCUGAUUACCCUCCGAACUAUAUUUUAUUCCUUAAUAAUUUACCAGAAGAGACUAAUGAGAUGAUGUUAUCCAUGCUGUUUAAUCAGUUCCCUGGUUUCAAGGAAGUACGUUUGGUACCUGGAAGGCAUGACAUUGCAUUUGUUGAAUUUGAAAAUGAUGGACAGGCUGGAGCUGCCAGGGAUGCUUUACAAGGAUUUAAGAUCACACCAUCUCAUGCCAUGAAGAUCACCUAUGCCAAGAAAUAA